CUCACAUCUGCAUCUGGAUAAUGGCGUCUGAUACCAGUGAGAGGGCACCUAAAAAAAGGACUUUCAUAGUGCUCCCAAAGAAAUACUGGCCUGUCCUGUCCCAAUUCUAUAGUUUGGAUCAUGGCUUGUUUAUCACAAACCUGAAUCCCAAUAUAAGUGAAGGUUAUGUGGCUGCCUAUUUUAAACCUUUUGGAUGUGUCACAAUGUGCAAGAUCAAGAUUAGUUCUGGUUCUUCAAAGGACAGACUGGCCUAUGUGAGGUUUUCCACCGAAGCUGAAGCAGACCAAGCAGACUGGGCUGGUCCUCACUUUAUAGGAGGGACAGAAUGUAAAGUAAGACGGGUCAUCAGUCCAAAGGUCGAAGGUGAGUCAGGCAGUGUGCCCACCCAAGUGCAAAUUAAACCUUCACUUCGCCGUCCAAUGGGUCUGGGCUACAUGCUGGAAGAUCCUCAGUGGUUAGAUGAAGAAGGGACUGAUCAUGGCUUGUUCAUCACAGGCCUGAACCCCAAUAUCAGGAACAGUCCCAGUUCUUCAAAGGACAGACUAGCCUAUGUGAGGUUUUCCAAAGAAGACGAAGCAGACCAAGCAGACUGGGCUGGUCCUCACUUUAUAUUUGGAGAAGAAUGUAAAGUAAUACGGAUUGUUAGUCCAAAGGUUGAAGGCGAGCCAGACAGUGUGCCCAUCCUAGGGCAAAAUAAAACUUCAAUUCGCAGUCUACAGGGUCUGGGCUACAGGCUGGAAGAUCCUAAGUGGUUAGGUGAAGAUCAUAAGAAUAAAGAAACCAGUUAG